CAGAAUAGGAUAAAGAAAAUUAAACAAUUUGCUUUUUCUUUUAGGAGGAGUUGGGAGUGAGUUACAUUUCUUUCCUUGUUCUUCAACUUAAAAAUAAUCAGACCUGUCAGAUCUGUCCUUCCUGGGUUUUGCUGAAGACCUGAGGUUCUAACACCAUGAUAACAUCCUUUUUAGUGAUGAAAUAGUAGCCAAUGGCUUCCAUUCCUGUGAUAGCGAUGAAGAUGACAGAGCCUCACGUGCCAGCUCUAGUGAUUGGACUCCCAGACCACGUAUAGGUCCUUACACUUUUGUUCAACAACAUCUCAUGAUAGGCACAGACCCCCGGGCAAUUCUGAAAGACUUGCUACCAGAAACAAUCCCCCCACCUGAAUUGGAUGAUAUGACUCUGUGGCAGAUUGUUAUAAACAUCCUUUCAGAACCACCAAAAAGGAAAAAACGAAAAGAUAUUAAUACUAUUGAAGAUGCUGUGAAACUUUUACAAGAGUGCAAAAAGAUAAUUGUUUUGACUGGAGCUGGGGUGUCUGUUUCUUGUGGAAUACCUGACUUCCGAUCAAGAGAUGGCAUAUACGCCCGCCUUGCAGUAGACUUCCCAGACCUUCCAGAUCCUCAAGCAAUGUUUGAUAUAGAAUACUUCCGAAAGGAUCCAAGACCAUUUUUUAAGUUUGCAAAGGAAAUAUAUCCUGGUCAGUUUCAGCCAUCUCUCUGUCAUAAAUUCAUAGCUUUAAUGGACACAGAAGGAAAGCUACUUCGCAACUAUACUCAGAACAUAGAUACGCUGGAACAGGUUGCAGGAAUCCAGAGGAUAAUUCAAUGUCAUGGUUCCUUUGCAACAGCUUCCUGCCUAAUCUGUAAAUACAGAGUUGACUGUGAAGCUGUUCGAGGAGACAUUUUUAAUCAGGUUGUUCCUAGAUGCCCCAGGUGUCCACCUGAUGAACCACUUGCCAUCAUGAAGCCAGAGAUAGUGUUCUUUGGAGAAAAUUUACCUGAGCAGUUCCAUAGGGCCAUGAAGUAUGACAAAGAUGAAGUUGAUCUCCUUAUAGUUAUUGGGUCUUCACUGAAAGUAAGACCAGUAGCACUGAUCCCAAGUUCCAUCCCCCAUGAAGUGCCUCAGAUCUUAAUUAAUAGGGAACCUUUGCCUCAUCUACACUUUGAUGUGGAGCUUCUAGGGGACUGUGAUGUCAUUAUUAAUGAGUUAUGUCAAAGGCUAGGUGAUGAAUAUACAAAACUUUGCUGUAACUCAGUAAAACUUUCAGAAAUAACAGAAAAGCCCUCACGAAUGUAUAGGGAACUUGAAAUGAAUUCAGCUGAGUUACCACCUACCCCUUUAAACAUUUCUGAAGACUGCAGUUCACCAAACAGAAUGACACCACCUGGUCCUUUAAUGGUACUCUCGGAGAAUCCAGCUGAAUGGAAGGCAGAACAUUCUAAUCCUGCCUCAGAAUUUAAAGGCAAUCAUCAGGAGAAAGAAUCGCAAGAAGUACAAACAUGCUCAGAAAACACAGAAUGUAUUACUGGCCAGUUAAUGAACUCAGAACAUAUGAAGGAUAAUAGCUCUAACAAGGAAGAAAAUAAAGAGAAAAAUGAAAUAACUUCAUCUGUUGAAACAUUGAGGAAAUGUGCAAAUAGAUUUGCAAAAGAACAAAUUAGCAAGCGGCUUGAUGAUACUCAGUACUUAUUUUUACCACCAAAUCGCUACAUUUUCCAUGGUGCUGAGGUAUACUCAGACUCCGAAGACGAUGUCAUAUCUUCUAGUUCUUGCGGGAGUAGUAGUGAUAGUGGUUCUUGUCAUAGUCCAAGCUUAGAUGUAGAAGACGAAAGUGAGAUUGAAGAAUUCUAUAAUGGCAUGGAGGAGGAGGAGGCUCCAGAGAGAGAAGAGGAGACUGGAUUUGGGGAAGAUGGAGUUGAACAAGAUACAGUUGAUGAACCAGAUCAGAAAAAUGAAGCAACAGGAAUUGAUUGUCCAUCAAAUUGUAAUCAUUGACUGGUUACAGGAACUUUUCCACCAGCAUUAGGAGAUUUGGCAUGUUGGAAUGAGUGUUUACUUCUGAAUUUAGAACAAGGAAACCAUACUGAUGUAAUGUUUAUAAACAAUUAAAAUGGAUUUUCAUGCAUAGUUUUUUAACUUUUUUCAAUAAAAUUCUGUAACUGUGCAUUUAACACUAA